UGGGAAAGGUGUUAGAUAAUGCUUUUUGUGUGUGUCUAACUGGACCUUACUGCACUGUAGUUGUUUCUAUCUUGGAUAUAUAUUUUUUAAAGCCUGCUCAGAGGUCAAAUGUAGACUGUAAGAUAAGUAUACAGUAGACAGUAUAGGGCUUCUUGACCUCUGAAAAAUUCUGCUGCAUCUAUAGUGCAGCAAAGUAAUUGGUCAUGUAAUAAGGGUUGAGGACCAUCCAGACCAUCUAGAGCACACACCCACAGUGUUUAUAUUCAUUGAGUCCAUUGGACUCCAAUAAACACUCUGGGUGUUAUUUCAGCACUAGGGAUUUUACUGUGCAGGUAAGGCACAAAUCAAUAUUCUAUUCCAUUCAACUCAUUUAAUGAUAAUCUUUAUUGGUCACAUAUACACAUAGUAGAGCACAGUGAAAUUGUUUUCUUCACAUAUCCCAGCACAUCAGGAAGCUGGGGUCAGAACCCCUGGAGCAGAGAAAGUUAAGAGCCUUGCUCAUGGGCCCAACAGUGGCAGUGCUGGGACUUGAACCCCUGACCCUCCGAUCAGUAACCCACCGCCUUAACCGUAAAGCCACCACUGCCCCCAAUGUCAAAGGAUUAAACAAAAACUAGGCUAACACAGAGAUUAAUGCUUGGUACACAACAGGGAAAAGAUCAUGUGACCAUAUUACUUCACAAAGAAAUUAUGUAUGAUAUGUGUAUGGUAUGAUGUGUAUGAGAGUCUCUUUUAUGUAUUGUGUGAUUGUGAGUGUAAUUGGGAACAGGUGUCUCUGAUUAGUCCUCAGGAGAAGGUAAUGUGUCUGUGUGGAGUUUUGGGAGUUGAACUUGUUGGCCAUGUUUGUAGUUUGUGGUGCAUUCUGGGAAAUGGAGUCAUGAGUUUGCCAUGACAUGACACAGAGACACACUGCAGAUGCCAGACAGAGACACACAGACCACAGCACCUUCACACCAGUCACUAACAGUUAUGGGUUCAGCGGUGAACUUCAUUCUGCUUUUCUCGGCAGGACUGUGGGCUCUCGCUUUGUGUGCAUCUCGUCAGUUUUAUGUGGUGAACACACCAAUGAACUGGACCGAUGCUCAGAAAUACUGCAGAGCGAAUUACACUGACCUGGCCACCAUUGUGAAUGAUGAAGAAAUGGAUGUUGUGAAGGAAGCUCUUAACGGGAGCACAGUAAAAUUCUGGAUAGGACUGAGGCAGACUGAUAGCAAUACCUCGAUUGUUUUUAACAAUAUGUUCUGGGUCUGGUCAGAUAAUUCUCAAGUCUCAUACGGCUACUGGAAUGAUAAAGAGCCAAACAACAACGGGAUUGAUAACUGUGUGGAAAUCCUGCAAGCAAGUAAAAAUAAUAAAUGGAAUGAUGCAGGUUGCAAUAACAGUGUCCGUUUUGUCUGCUAUAAAAAACGAACUCCUCUCACCGUGAUCACUGAGAAGAAGACCUGGCGAGAAGCCCUGAGGUACUGCAGACAGCAUCAUGUGGACCUGGUUUCUGUUGACUCGCAGGAAAUGCAGGACUGGGUGGAAGUAGUCACUAAAAAUGUCUCCAGUGAUAUGUGGAUUGGCCUGCGUCACACCUGCGCUCUGGGCUUCUGGUACUCGGUGAAGGGAGAGAUGAUCUGCUACCAAAACUGGGCUCCAGGUAACGGAACCGGAGUGGAAGAUUGUGGUGAUGUCGAGAGAACCGGAGCGGUUCUGUCCGAGAGUAAGAAGUGGGUCAGCCUGCCACAGACUCACGAACUCUACUUCAUCUGUAUCACCUUCCAGUGAAGGCUACUAGAAGUGGACGCAUGAGCUUCAGCUGGAUCCUCGUAGUUCAGGACCAGACAUUUCUUUCUCAGCAUCAUUUCACUUAAUUUUUUGGACAUGCAAGUACAACGAUUUAUUUAGGAAUUUCACAAUAAUGUUGAGUUUCUUUAUGGUGUUGGUCAAACUUUUACUUUCAAAAUAGCUCUUAGUAGCUUUACUGUUAGCUUCUGUUUAAAAACUAGAAUAUGUGAGACUUUCUUUUUGUUCACAUGGGAUGUGUUUUAUUAUCAGUAAUACGUUGUUUAGCUGUUUAGCGUAUCAUUAAUAUUUUUGAUUUGCAGUGUUGAGAUUUAGUUAGCUACAUGUAGCAAUGCUACCAGCUUAAGCACAUUUUUAACAGAAUGGUGGUAGAUGAGCUAAUUUCCAAAUAAUGUCGCUUUUCCUGUAACAAGCUAUUCUUUCACGAAGUCCCCGUGUAGCGUGACAAAUCUAGCUAGUUACAUAUUUCCAGAAAUGAACCGAACCAAGAGUCGUUUAGUGAGCCCUCUUUGUAUCUGUUUCUAUUUGACGAUGUUUUAGUAAAGUAACACUAACUGCUUUUUAAAAUGGUUUACAAACAGAAAAGCUAAAUCUAUUCCGGCAUUACCUGUAAAAAGCAGGUACGUUUUAUUUCGUUCAAUAAAAGAGCCGUGCAAUAAAAUGAAAAUAUCCCAGGUGAUUUUCCUCACUUUGACAAUCUCCUUCAGUGUAGCUAGCUACUUUUUCUUAGAAGCUUGUAGGGUAGCUAGCUACUUUAUCAACACAGUAGUGAUUGAUCAUUGAAAUCAUGAGUGCCUUGUAGCUUGACCAGUUACAGUCACAAUGUAUCUUCUCCAACAUUGUUGAUUUGUACGUUGCUGUUCUUUCCAAAGCUUUUUCAAAUAAAUAAAGUAACCAGA